ACUGUUUCUUAUCAGUGUGGUAGAGAGCGAGUGAGGGGGAUCAGUGGGAGAGUGGACAGAGUCUUAUCAACACUGACAGUGGAAAUGGGGAAGAGAGAACGGGGGGGAACCGAUCAGGUUAGAGAGAGAGGAAGUAGAGUAAAGUGAAGGAGACGCCUCAGAUACCGUUAUUCCCGCUGUCAUCCGAUGAAGAGGAGCAGCAGAGGGUGAGCGAGAAAAAGAGAAGGGGAAGUGAGAGAUAGCAAAGUAGCGACUAGGAGACGGGACCGAGCGACUGUUUCUGGACUUCUGAGUGGAACCGUCACUGGGGGGUACUUGACGUCUGCCACCGCUGCUACCAUGUACAGUGGAUAUGGAGGGAGUCCAUCCCGAUCUCUCUCCACCAUGUCGCUGUCUGUUCGCCCCGUCAGACGCCUCACCUCCAGAUCCAUCACUAGGAGCCAGAGUUUUACUGGAGUCAACAGUUACGACAAGCCUUACAGGAACCUCUCAGUGUUCAGCACGCCGGGUGUCAGCAGGAAGCCUAGCAGAGUCAGCAGGAUGUUCACUAUGUCCAUGAAGUCCAACCCGCCACCUAAAGUCCCUCAGCCAGAGAGACUGGACCAGGUCUUUGAGGCACUGAAGAAAGGCCUUCAGUCAUAUCUACAGGUCCAUCAGAUAGACCUGGACAGCCUCACCAGACAGAUGAAAGAAUCAAAGAGGAACUCCAGACUGGGUUUCCUGUAUGAAGUGGACAAGCAAGUCAAGGUGACGGAGAGAUAUAUAAGACGACUGGAGUUUCAUCUGAGCAAGAUUGAGGAGCUCUAUGAAGCCUACUGCCUGCAGAGGAGACUCAGGGACGGAGCCAACAAGAUGGUGAAGGCGUACACUGCCUCACCGGGCAGUAAGGAGGCGAGGGAGAGUUUAACUGAAGCCAACAAGGGAUACAAAGAAUACACAGAGAACAUGUGUGUGUUGGAGAGUGAGAUGGAGAACCAGCUGGGGGAGUUUCACAUAAAGAUGAAAGGUCUGGCUGGAUUUGCCAGAUUGUGUGCUGGUGACCAAUAUGAGAUCUUUAUGAGGUACGGUCGGCAACGGUGGAAGCUCCGAGGCAGAAUAGAGCUCAAUGGGAAACAGGUGUGGGACUGUGAGGAUGCGGUGCUCCUGCCCCUUAUCAACGACUUCCUGUCUGUGAAGGUGACAGAGUUGAAGAGCUUAGCCAAUCACGUAGUUGUUGGAAGUGUCUCCUGCGAGACGAAGGACCUGUUUGCUGCACUGCCCCAGUCGGUUGCCGUGGACAUUAAUGACCUUGGGACAAUCAAACUAAGCCUGGAAGUAACGUGGAAUCCUUUUGAUAAAGAUGACCAGGGUUCAGUGCCAAGCACCGUCAACAAGGCUCCGAGUGUCAACAAGAGAUUCUCGACAAUCUUUAACCAGAGUCCACCUGACACGCCAUCCUUACGUGAACAAGCCUUCUACAACAUGCUCCGGCGCCGCGAAGAGUCAGAGAAUGGGACAGCGUGGUCGAAUUCAUCCGAGUCCUCCGAUGACUCCUCUAGCCCUCAGCUGUCUGUAGGAGGCCCACGCAACUCUACACAUCAUAAGGGAGUGGUGGUGACUCCAGAGAUUCAGCCAGCUGUAACAGGAAGUUCCGCCCCACAGCCUGACAUCUCCUUCUGUCUCAAUGACUCCUCCUUCCAAACUCCACCGAAAUCUAGGCGUGAAGUUCGCUCCAUCAGUGAGGUUCCCAUCACAGCACAACCCCUUGCAGAGAGCAGCAGGGAAGAGGAGGAGGGGACUGUCUCUGUCGUGACGAAACCUGUCGAUGAGGAAGAAGAUCCAGAAAGACGCUCUCCCAGUGCAACAGUGGAUGGAGUGGUGAAUAACGGCCUCGCCUCACGCAGCUACUUGCGCUCUCUGAGCCACAUUAGUGAAAGCAGCGCUGAUGGCGUCGCGCUGACGGACAGGUCAGCCGGCGAAUCGGGAGAGGUGAUGCCUUUGACCUCUGGGAUCUCCGUCGAUGACAUUGAAGUGCAGGUGCCGAGCAGACGAUCCCCUGAACCGCACUGCUCAGCUGCUGCAGACGUUGCUGCGUCACCGGGAAGCCCUUGUGGAGAAGAAAACACAACGUCCAAUAAUGUCACAGAUUCAGUCACCUUGCCACAGGAUACACCAAGCCCCGUGCUCUCUUCUUCUUCCUCCCCCAGGACUGGAGGAAUGAACUCUAACCCUCCAUCACACAUGAACACUGUCUCACCCCUCGAGUGCAACACACAACCAGAGGACGGGGAUGGGACAUAUGUAGCACGGCUGGUGUCGGUAGAAGAGGAGGUUCCAGGUGCUGGAUCAAAUUGUCUGUCCAGGGAGUGUGAUGUUCCAGUGGACUGUGGGCUGGAAGAUGCACUGGGAGCUGUGGUUUCCUCUUUGGAUGAUUACAGAGGACAAUUCCCUGAGUUACAACACCUGGAACAAGAGCUGAAGCUGCUGCAGGCCACACUCAAGGGUGGUAGGCACAGCCGUUCGCCCAGCGUGGUCAGCCUCACAGUAGAAACGGCUCUGGGCAGCUUUGACUUCCUCAACACGCCCGACUGGGAGGAGGACGACGAGACGAAGGGUGACAAGAAGCACAGAAAUGGCAGGUCUCUGCAGGACAGAGGCUGGGACAGCCCCUCCUCUCCCACGUCCCCCCUCACCACAGGCUGUGCCACUUUAGACUGCACCCUGGUGGUCCAUUUGAAGUACUGCAGCUCUCAGUUGUUGCGUCUGGGUAUGUUUGGGCCACUGAGGUGUGGUGAAAUGUAUGCCUUAGACAGACUUCUGAGAGAGGCACGGGUGCUCGAAGUCGUCCGACACAUCUCCAAAGACAACCCGAAACGCCUCAGACAGCCCUCUGAUGCUAUUCCUCAACUGAGCCAGUGUCAGGGUGCUGUGUCACUAUGGCAACAGUGUGUGGGCCAGGGCAGUGUGUACAGUGUCUCCGCUGACAACUUCCUGAUGACACUGUCUACAGCCUACUCCAGGGUGUUACCAGAGAAGGCCAGCAGCAUGGCCGACACAGUGUUCUUGUGUCUGGUUGAGCGAGUGCUGGAUCAGAGGUUGCCACGGCGAGGGGGCAGCAACAGAGACGGAGUGAUGGUGACACUGUUCCAGGUGUGGACGUACUUGGAGGCUAAUGGCAUCAGCGACAUAGAGACACACAUCACUGAGCUGGCAGAAGAGGUGUGGUUGGUGCAGAGGCUGGCAUCGUGUGACCAGGACGUGAUUGUCCACACUCUGCGGCGUCCUGCAGAGUGCAGCCUGAGGAGAGACGGACUUCACGCUGUGGCCAAGUUACUGAAAGACCCACGAGGCAAAGUGUCGGCCUCUGCCAGCUCUGUACUGAGAAGUAUGGCUGCCCAGCCCAAGCAGCGAGAGCAGGCUUUGGUCAACUGUCUGGAGCUGCUGGAGGACGCCAAUGUGGACACUAGAGUGUGUGGAUGCAAGGCUUUAGCUGCUCUCAAGGCUAAAGAAAGCAUCGAGCAGCUAGUGUAUCUUUGUCAGACGGACAAGGACGAAGUCCGAGAUGCUGCCAAACAAACGCUGCUAGUGCUUGGAGAGGAGGGGAAGAUGGCUCACAGACAUGUGGAGUUAUCUCUGGACAGCAUACCCAGACUCUUCGCACCAGGGAGCAUGGCCAGCACAGCGUUCUAAAACACACACACACACACACACACACACACACACACACUUCUACCCCUCUACUAACACUACAACAGUCACAUACACACAAAAAAACACAUCAUGCAUGUUAUAUACACUGUCAAAGAGGGGACAAUAGAUCCCUCCGCUAAUCACUGGUCAGACAUUGAAGUUAUUAAGCUACAAAAAUCAUCACUUGUUGUUUUUUUUAUCAGCGUGUGACAACUACUUUGCGAGAAAUCAUUUGGACUGUACAGACGCUGCAGAGAGGGAAUCGCGAGCACUGGCUUGCUGGAGGACGGAAUAAAGGGAGGAAAAGAAGGAUGAAAUGUAAAUGUGGGACACGCGUCUGCAAUGACUGAAGUCAGAUUACUGGACAAAUGUCUGGCCCAUAGUCCAGGCUCAUACACAUAUUUCCACUUUGGAAUAUGUAAGAAAAAAAAAAGCUUUGAUUGCCAGAUCAUUUCUGUUUUUACAGCCCUACAAUUGCCAAAAUGUGUAAAAAAGAUUUUUAUUUGUGAUUUCUGUGCAUGUGACUGGUAAACUGGCUCCAUGAAACCA